AUGUGUGCCUGGUACGAGCAGGAUGAUCGCAACCGCGGUCGCGGCUCCGACGGACGAGAAAGGCCACACGACGAGUACGAUAGAGACUACUAUCGCCAUGACAACCCUCGAGUACCACGGGAUCGGCGCUACGACGACCGUAGUUCAGGUUACGAAUACGGCCAUCGUGGCUACGACUACCGUGAUCGGGACCAUGAACGCGACGGAUAUCGCAGGAGCUACGAGGAAUCACGAUACAGUGGUGGCACUCGUGAUAGGGGUUAUGGUGACAGCGACCGUGGUUAUGACAGUUACAGCCAUCAUUACGAUGACCGUCCUCGGGACGGUGACCGGACGGAGAGCGACUACGAUCGCAGUUACCCAGGUUACCGGAACAGAGGCCGGGACUAUGAUUCAGGAUACUCACGUGAAGAUAAUCGACACGGCGAAUACGCAACGGAGCCCGUUUAUGAUAACUCGGGAACUCACAGCUCUGCUUCCAGGAGUUCUAGGAGGUACGGUUCAGAGGAGGAUUGGAGCGUGCCACGACGUGACAUGGCGUCGAAUCGCCAACAUCAAUGGGAUGACAAUCGGGAAGGCUCACGGGAUGACGGCAGGGAUGACGACGGCGUGAUGAGCCGGGAUCAUGAACGGCGUCUAGACAAACACGACUCCCGUGAGGCUGACGAUUCACAAACACGCAAUUCACAGUAUUCCGGCAGUAUCCACGAGCAACAGCAUUCGGGUGAUGGAACUCGUGAAUACGUGUCACGGGGCGGUGGCACAACGAACGGCUUCGAGUAUGGGCAUGGUUCGUAUGUCGACAGCCGAGAGCGCAUAAUACACCAAUCCACAGGGAACCAUGGCAGCGGUAGUGAUGAAUACCGCCCUCACGCAUCAAACAUUGGAGGCAGAAAUAAUAGGCAAUCGAAUCACGAGUCAACGGACAAGGAACACUGGUACCAGCAACCCCGUUACCAAGGGUUCGGAUCUCGCAAGAACAGGGAGGACUCCAGGGAAAGUGGCGGUGCGCAUGGGUAUGACCGGCCACGCCGUGGGUACAACGACACUAAUGCUGACGAGAACAGUGCGACUAUCCUGGUGCGUAAACUGCCGCCCACCAUCUCCGGGGAGGAUGUGGAGUCUGCAGUGUCGGAUCUCUGCAUACAGAACGGUACAUCAGCGCCAAACGCGGUGACUGUGAAAUCCUGCCACAGCGGGUACGGAGGCAUGAGUGACAUGUACAAAGGCGCCGAUAUGCAGCACCAGGUCAACCCAGACGGAUAUGGUUUCGGGGCCUCAACAGAGCAUUUCGCGGUAGUCACCUUCCCGUCACCAGCCAACGCCGCGAGGUUCAUGGAGUGCGUCAAGAGCCGCAAACUCGAACUCAAUGGCGCGGAGUAUUACGUGGAGUACGACACCUUGGACGUCAACGCCGAGAAGCCCGUCAGCGAGGUCCCGAGAGCCUACGGCAGUUUUCAGGAGCUCGAGGAAAUGAUAAAGCGCAGGGCCCUCUCAUGCGACUGGAUAUGCCCCGACUGCCGAUUUGUGAAUUUCGCACGACGGUCAGCCUGCCUCACGUGCGAUAAACCCAAACCUUCCGACGAGCAGCUGCAAAAGAUGAACCUGCUCGUGGAGAAUGCGGUCAGCGUGCAGUCGCAGCCUAUCCUCUCGAACGUCACGGAUGUCUCGCCGUGGGUGGUAUUGAAAGGCAUACCUAUGGCAGCAGACCCGACGAAGCUGGUGCUGCUGGUCUGUGGCAGCGUGCCCGAAGGCGCGGCGCAUCUGCAGAGGUGCGUCUACGUGAUCGACCCGCAACCGCAAAGCCGGCGAGGGUUCAUGUUCUGUCAGUUUUCCUCGGCUACCCCUGUCAACGCAUUCAAUGAGGCCAUGGGUGACAAGCAGUCGGCUCUUUUGCAGUAUCAGGACGUAUACCUGCGGCUGGACGUGGUCCGUUCCCGCGAGAAGCAGGUGGCGGACGAGCUGCUCAAGGGGGUGCGCAUGAACACUUUACGCGUGCAUUACGAGUACCACCCUGAGACCUUUGCCGCGGCGGCGCUGUCCGAGGAGCCGGCGUCCAGGCAGAUUGGCAACAAGGAGUGCCGCUCCUGCAAGGUCAAGACCACCAAUGUGGGCGCUCUGGAGCAGUUGUGCCAAUCGGUUAACGCGCCGUCUGGUUCCAAGCAAUACCUGGACGCGUGGACAUGCAGGUCAAUUUGGGUGACGAGUGGCAAACCGGACACCGCGAAAAUGACGUACGACCCUAACUCGGACUACUUCUACGACCACCGGCUGGGCGUGUACUACGACGCCGCCAGCGGUUACUACUUCACUGUCGGUGGGGACUACUAUAGGUGGGACGAACCCACCAGCUCUCUAAUCGUCACUGCCCACCCAGCGUCACAAGGCGACCACAGUCAGAGUUCGAACGAAGCCCAGCGGCACCAAACUCAAGGCGACGUGGCAGGGCUGCUGCAGGCGGCUUUGAAGGCGGCGCAAAUGACCAACCAGACCACCCAAAAAACGGCGCAGAAGUCUCCGGACAGUGUGCCGCAAAACACAGUGGAGAAGCAUUCUCCACCGGGUGUUCAGGAAGUGGACCAGACGCAUCAGGGGUCAGAGGAUCGCCAUGGCUUGACAAAUUCCGCUUCAAGGCCUGUAUACGGCCUCCAGCCACCGCCAGAGGUCGCUAUGACCUUCGAUCUUGGCGACCACUCCGACGACGAAUGCGACAUGGAAGUAGACAGCAUAGCCAACCGACCGGCGACCGAGAAAAUAGCGGAAGAAAAGGGAGGAAACAAGAAGUGGACCCCUGUGGUUAAAUCCCUUUCCGUCUGCCUGGUCUGUCUGCGUAUGUUCCGGGAUCAGGCACACCUAGAUCUUCACGAGCGCAGGUCGCAGUACCACCAGGCGUUGCUCGAGUGCGGGGAUUCCGCUCCGUGA